UGCUGGGAAUGGGUUGAAUUGAUUGGCAUGUCAACUUGGACUGGUUUUAAUCGAGGCAAAAUUAUACAUUUUCGAGACUAAUUGAAUGUCAGACGAUUCUUAUUUCGAAGCAAAUGUUUUCAUAUUUCGACACAAACUUUCUCUUAUUAAAAACCUGUCAGGCUAACGUCGGUUAAAACCGACGCAAUGUGACCUUAUUUCGACGCAAAGGCAUUUAUGACUGAAACAUGUCAGACUUUCAGUCAAAACUAUGUCAGGCUAUAAUAUAGGUCGAAUCAGAUAUAGUGGCGGUUUUAAGCGACACAAACCUGUGCUUAUUUCGACGCUAUGCAAGCUAACGUCGGUUUUAAACGACGCAGUAGGCCCUUAUUUCGACGCUAUGCAAGAUAACGUCGGUUUAAAGCGACGCAAUAGGCUUGCACUGACAAGUAUAGCAGGCUUUAUGUCAGGUUACGUGUGGGAGGUUUAGUCAGUGAUUGUGUCGGUUUUAAGCGACGUAAUGUAUUCAUAUUUCGACGCUAAGUUGUUAUCCAUAUUUAAUUUCUGUCUCCCUUCACUUCCGUGUUCCACUUCUGUCUCUCCUCUCUAUCACCCAUUUCUGGCUUCCUCUUUCCCCCAUUUCUAGCUUCCUCUUUCCCCCACUUCCUUCUCCUUCCAUUAAGUUUUGCAAUGGAUAAUUCCCGUGAAGAUCAACGUUCUGAGGAACUUCAUUUGGAAGAGGACGAGGGUGAUGCUGGUUCUUUUUUGAAUUGUUAUGAGUGUCAGUUUUUUUUUUUUUUUUUGUGUGUUUGAACGAUUAUUAUUGCUAAUCUGAAAAUAUACUUUUGUUUCCUACUUUUUAAUUGUGUGUUUGUAUUAACAAGGUACAUCUCAACGGAGGCGUGGACCCUCAAUUCCUAAAUGGACGAAACAGCUUUGUUCGUUUGAUUCGUCCGGAAAAUGCAUUAGUGAUAACGCUAGUGCUUUUUCAAAACAUGUAGCAGCGGAGGUUAGGGACUAUAGAAAUCUUCCGUUGGAGAAAGAUUGGCGUAAGGUUACGGAAGAAGAUAAGGAAGCUUUUUGGAAUAGAAUAAAGGUAUAUAUAGAUCUUUUUAUUUUUAGUUGAAAAUAGAAGAAUAGGUCAAUGAUUGUAAUAAUAUUUGACUAGCGUGAUUUUUUUUGUUUUUUGUUUUUAUGUAUGUAGGGAAGUAUCUUUUUUGAAGAUGCAGAUAUAGUAAAAAUGCCUUUGAUCCGUCAUAUGACGCUUAAGAUUGCGGAGCAUGCGCACAAAGAGUUUAGAAAUAAGUUAAAAAAAAAGUAUUAUACUAAAAGAGCAGAACAGGUUCGCAGCGAGCCUCCUCCUGAUGUGAUUCCUACCCAGUGGAAUGAUUUGUUGGCAUAUUGGAAUAGAGACAAAACAAAGGAGGUUGCUGAAAAAAAUAAGAUUAAUCGGGGAUUGAAAUCAAUGAACCAUACUACUGGUACAAAAUCCUUUGCAAGAGUGCGGGAAGAAUAUCGGAAGAAGCAUGGGAAAGAAGCAGAUCCUGUAACCUUUUUUCGUGAAUGUCAUACACGAAAAGAUAAAUCAUGGAUUGAUGAAACAUCGGAGCGUACAGGGUCAACAAUGGAGAGCAACCUGCAAACAUUGAUUGAGUCGGGCCAAGACGAUAAUGAAGAUCUUAGGACCCAAGUUUAUGUUGAUACUAUGGGUCCUGAGAGGUAUAAUAGAGUCAGAGGAUACGGUCAUGGUGUGACUCCUGAUAUGGUGUCUUAUGCAUCUUCUGCAUCUUCUACAUCAAUUUCCUCUAGGAGAUCAUCUAAGAGUUCAAUGGCGUUGCUAAUGACUCAAAAUAAUGAGUUGAAAUUGAGAGACGAAAAUAAUAAUAAACGGAUUUCGGACCUGGAGAACAAGCAAAAUCAGUUGUUUGCAUGGUUUUUUCAAAGAUUUCAGCCACAACCACCAUAUAGCCCGGGAACCCAACAAUCAGGCCACAGUCAACCUCCUCAACAGUCGGGCCAAAGUCAGCCUUCCCCUGCAUAUCCGUAUGCUGGCAAUAAUCAGCAACCUCUAUAUCCUGUGUAUCCGAUGCCUGCGCAGCCCAUGCCAUACAUGCAGCAGCCGCCCAUGCCAUACAUGCAGCAGCCGCCCAUGCCAUAUAUGCAGCAGCCACCUUAUCAAGUGCCAGUAUAUCGACCUGAGAUGGCUGCUCCUAGUGGAUCUUUUCCUGAAGUUCCAGUUGGGGGGUUUUCUGGAAUGCUUGCAGGUGUUGGAUUUGAUGUGGACUUGUCGAGGAUUUUUGGAUCAGAUGGAGGAUCUCAAGGAGGAGUAUCUCAAGGAGAAGAUUCUCAAGCAGAAGGAUCUGGACGACGUUCAGGCGCAGAUUCGGUUGGGUAGUUUAAUUGGUUCUUUUUCUUGUCGGUUAAAUACGACAGUAUAAUUGGUCUAUCUUUUUGUUUUUUUAUGUUAUGUUUGUAAUGUCGGAUUUAAUGUUUGUUACGACGGACGACUUUUUGGAUUUUAUGUGAAAUGUGAAAUGUACAGUUUGGCACUAUUGUUUUUGUUAUUUAUUUUCAUUAAUGUUUAUUUUGAUCUUAAAAUUUAUAAUUUUUUUUGGUUGGAAUUAAUUGAAAUUGCAUGCAGUUGUUCAUCCACUUUUAUUAUUAUUAAAAAAUAUAGUGUCGGUUAAGACCGUUACUAGUUUUUAUAUUUUAUUUAUUUAAUUGUUAUCUAACGUCGGUUUAAGGAAUAUUUUAUUUAUUUCAUUUUAAUAUAAUGUCGCUUUAAAGCGACAGUAUACUGCAUACUUUAUUAUUAAAUAGCUGAUGCACGUGUAAGUAUGCGUCGCUAGUUUUUAUAUUUUAUUUAUUUCAUUGUUAUCUAACGUCGGUUUAAGGAAUAUUUUAUUUAUUUCAUUUUAAUAUAAUGUCGCUUUAAAGCGACAGUAUACUGCAUACUUUAUUAUUAAAUAGCUGAUCCACGUGUAAGUAUGCGUCGCUUUAAACCGACGUUAGGGUUAGUGUCGCUUUAAAGCGACACUGUGUAGUGGCGGAUUAAGCUCAAAAAGCGACGCUGAAGCCCUUUUGCGACCCUAGCAAUAGUGUCGCUAUUGAAAAGCGACAUUACAUUAUGUAAUGUCGGAUUUGUGCCAAAUUUUCGACAGAAAGUUGAUUUCUCGUCGGUUUGUCCUCCGCCGGUGAUAGCAUAUAUU